AUGGUGGUGCCCUGGAUUUUGGUGUUGGUGUCGUGGCUUUCCUUGAGCAGUACUGCAGCCGCGGCGGAUUCAGUUAUACUUUGCCCCGCAGAAGGAUUUCAUGACCACCAAUUCAGCGCAGCACUACUCCUUGAUUAUCCCAAGGUGACAUUCACCACCAGCGGUGCCGUCACAAAAAAGGACUACAAGCAGUUCUUGAAAUCCAUUCGCGAUCAAGUGGUAAAUCCACGUGAUGCGAGACACGGAAUCCCAGUACUUCGCAACCCUGCCACAGUGGUGGACAACCAACGGUUUCUCCUGGUGGAACUCUCCAACAAUGCAGAGGAUGUUGUCACGCUGGCCAUAGAUGUCACCAAUAUCAACUAUGCUAAUCUCUUGGAGGUUGCAGGUUUGAGUGAUCUUGACAGACUUGAUCCUGGAUUGGGAAUCCAACCAUUGGAUUCAGCCAUCGACUUGUUGUUCCAUAGGUCCAGCGCAGAGGGGGACAAAGCAAAGGUGGCUCGUUCUCUUAUAAUUUGCAUUUUGAUGAUUUCAGAGGCAGUGAGGUUUCGAUAUGUGGAGCAACAAGUAACCCAAACCAUUAGACCCCAAGGCCAAGGAACCGUUGUCCCAAAUGGUGCUGUGGUUCGCCUCGUGCGGCGUUGGGAUUGCCUCUCUGAAUCCAUUCAACAGUCCGACGAAGAUGGAUCCUUUCCAGAAGUUGAUUUACAGAGACCUAAUUAUGAACAUUUCACAGUGAGCAAUGUGAUGCCUGACCUAGUUGCCACCAUUGGGAUCAUGUUGUACAUUUGUGAAAAACCACCAACAACUCAAUCUUCCCUUCGCAUAAGGCCUGUUGUGGAUGCAUAUAAUGAUCAAACUUGCACAGAAGAAGAGCUCACGGUGCGCAUCGCAGGUCGAAAUGGGUUGUGCGCAGACGUGAGGGGUGGGGUUUUCAACAAUGGCGACUCGAUAAUUUUGUGGCCAUGUAAAUCCAAUGCAGACGAGAAUCAAUUGUGGACCGUGAAAAGAGACGGGACUAUUCGAUCUAAAGGCAAGUGCUUGACUACUUAUGGGUAUAGUGCAGGAAGUUAUGUCAUGAUAUAUGAUUGUGCUAGUGCCGUACUUGAAGCUACCCAUUGGGAAAUUUGGACCAACGGAACCAUCCUAAAUCCCAAAUCGUCACUUGUUUUAAGUGCAGAGUCAGGAAAUAGUGAUGCUACACUCACUGUGCAGGUCAAUAAUUAUUCCUCUCGUCAAGGUUGGCUCACGACCAAUGAUUCAAAUCCUUUUGUGAGGACCAUUGUUGGGUUUCAAGAUCUUUGCAUGCAGGCAAAUGGGAAUGCAGUGUGGUUAGAGGAAUGUGUGGACCAAAAGGCCGAACAACAAUGGGCCCUCUAUCCAGAUCGCUCUAUAAGGCCUAAUCAAAAUUGAGACCUUUGCCUUUCUUACUAUGAAAAUCAAAAUGAAGAUCUCACUGUCGUCAAUAUUGCAAGUUGUAGUUCUGCGUCAUCUCUUGAACGAUGGAUAUUUAGAAAUGAUGGCAGUAUUUUGAACCUAUAUCUCGGAUUGGUGAUGGAUGUGAGAAAUUCUGAUCCAAGUCUCCACCAAAUAAUUAUGUACCCAUCCACCGGAAAUCCUAACCAAAAGUGGUUUCCAAUAUUUUGAUUACUCCUAGUUGACAUCUAGCAGUUUAAAUAAAAACAUCAAAAUAUUGAUG